GCUCCCUCUCUGGAUUAUUUUUUUCCCCUCUAAAGAUAGUAAAAUUCUCCAGCUUAAUAAUGUUAUAGGAGUGAAUCAUUAAUGUUCUUAAAUUUACCAAAACACACCUUAAACCCAUGUGACCGUUAUUUUUUUUUUAAGUUCUUGAGAUGGGAGAUUUAUUUUCCUAAAAGGUUUUAUUGGGGAAUUCACAUCGACAACCAGGAACGCACUUUCUUCCUUACUUUGCAUAGUUUUCUUUUGCAUCUCGUUUGGAUGAAAUAAGGCAGAACGUUCUUAUUACUUGAACUUGGCUUCAUUUUAUUUUCCGUUUUCAUUAAUGCUUUCCUUGCUUUGGCACACAGCACUAUUUGGUUCACAGUACUGUAGAAAAAAUGCUUAAUUACUGAAAAACUCUGACUGCAAUUCAGGAAGAACAUGCAGAGGAACAUAUUUGCUCAGGUUAAGUUUACGUGACGUUCAAAAAUAGAUAACAAUAACCUGCCGCUAAACUAAAUGGGCGCUUUUGUUGAAAGCAUUUGGUUGCGAGUGGAGCAGAAAGAGAUGGGAUCUAAGGCAUUAAUUUAAAAUGCCUUAAAAGGAAAAGCAAGAUACAUCACAGUGUUCCUGCUGGCAGGAGACCAGGUUCUUCUUGAGGUCUGUCCCUGGUGCCAGAAUACUGUCCACAGCAGUGGAAUUGAACAUGAGGGUUGCGUUUUAAAUCCACUCCGUGUGCAUUGAGAUUGCUCAAUUGCUAUGAACACGUAAUUUAAAAAAAUAAAAAAGAAAGGAAAUAACUCUAGGUUAUGAAUUAGAAGACCAGGGUUUCUACUUUUUGAGUCAUCAUUUCCUACCCACAUAUUUCUAGACAAUCCCUUCAAGGCACGAGCCUCUGUUUCUUCAUUUGCAAAAUAGCAGUCUGCACCUUGCUUCCUACCUAGGACUCUUUGGAGGAUCUAAAAAUUAGGUCCAUGCAAACACUUCAUAAAAUAUAAUUUUAUGUAAAAAGAAAUGCUUAAUUGUGAGGGUGUUUUGAACAGGGCUGAAGUAGAAGGAAGGUAAAUUUUUUGUACACUUGUUUACUUUUUUGGGGUGAAAGUGAGAAGAAUUGGGUCUGCUCCCAUGCAGUGAAGCAAGGGAGGUGGACCUGGGCUAGUUCAGCUCCUCUCUCUUCUGGGAGCCAUGGUUGUGACUUCCUCUAACCUUUGUUGUCAUGAACCUAAGACCGAUGAAUACCCCUCUGCCUUCAUUCAUCCCCAAACUUAUAUAAAGGAUGUUUCCAGAUUCUCCAUUGUUCAUUCCUGGCUAAGAGAGAACGAGAUGUCUGUGCAAGAGGAACAGAUACGACGAGAAGUCACACUUUGUCUGAGGAAGGUCCAUGAUUGGAGGCACCUUAUCUUAUUCAAUAAUAUAUCUCCAGUUCCUAGAAGAGUGAGUGAUACAUGGUAGGUUCUCAGUAAAUAUUUUAUGCAUGAAGGAAGAAAUCAUUUGAAAAGAAACUGUCUAGUGAAAUGAGCUGAUUUGUAUAUCAUCUUCCCCAGAAACUAAGCAUUAAGAUGAAACACUGAGACUGCUGACAGAAUUUAGAAUAUUAGAAUGAUAACCCCCUGGGCCCAUGUGGAUGGGCUGACACCACAGUACUGUAGGGACCCUGGGGCUCUAGAACCAAUAUUCUUUCAUCCAACAUUUUUUUGUUGAGUGCCCACUAAGUGCUGGGCAGUGGAUGCUUGGUGGGUCUUGGAAGAAAUGUAAAAGUGGACUUCCCAAGUCCUGUCCCCCAUCCGUUUCUUCUGUCCCCAGCCCCCAUCAUCAUCAGCCUUCCACUUUUAGCAGUGCAGCUCUGGAGAGCGGUAGUGGGCUUCUCCUUGCACCUGCCCCGAUACCUUCUGCUUGUCCAGAAUUGGUCCAUGGUUGCAGAUUACUUGGUCUCUCUUCUCUUUUGGACGCAUGAUUUCAUUGUCAAAUACUCUGCUUUUACUGUUGCACCCACAAGGGUUCUGAUAAGCAUCCUCUAGGGUGGCCAGUGAGACUCUGUCUUGAACCUUUGUCCUUCAUUAUAAUUCACUUUACAUUUGUCCUUAACUUUAAGCUGUUACUUGGUAAUAAGUACCAAGAACACAGUAGUGGACAAGACAGAUAUGGAAGUAGAAUCUCACAGAACUUCCAUUGUGCGAAAGAAGAUGGGAAAGUCAUAGAGUAACUGCAUGGAAGUGGGAGGAGGGUUGCUGAAGGGAAAAUAGAGAAGGCUCCGGAGUGUAUAGAAGUGGGGAGGUGGCAGGGAAGACCUUAAAAAGGAGGCCAUUAUGUAGACACCCCAGGGAAGAAGAGGACCUAGGUGGGGUGGUAGGAGAGGCAGAGGGAGCUGGGGUGCGAGAAAGCUUGGAGCCGCUGAAGACCUGGAAACGUUCUGUCUGUCCAGUGUCUGUCCCGCCACCGUCUGUCCCAUGGUCAGUGGCGUGCAUCUGUGGGAUUCUCCAAACCAUCUGUUCCACACGGUGGAGAAUAGAUUGGAGGAAGGCAAGAUUGGAGGUGGGGCGACCAGUUUGGGAGCCUCUUCAAUAGCCCAUGCCCAAUAUGGUGGCAGCUUUUAUUGGAGAGGUAACAGUGGGUGAGAGGGAAAUGGUCCAUUUAGCAGGAAUUUAGGAAGCUCAAUGUGCAAGAUUUGGUGACUAGUAGAUGUGGUAAGAGGAGGGGCCUUCAUGAUGGGAGGUGACACUCACUGGUCUCCUGCUUGAUCCUAAGAAGAAGGGCUGCUCUGUUCCAAGGUGAGCAACUAGAGAAGGCAUAUGAGCUGUUGCUGUUAGUGGGGCUUGGGGGGAAUGAAUUCAAAUAUUUGGCUCUCAAGACUCAACCCACUCGCAGGGACUCAUCUCUCUCCAGUUGAUAUGAUACCUUUAUGAUCAUGUUCUACAAACAAUUCCCCACACUGUGUUUCUAAAGUUUUCCUUUGUUCUGGAAGAACAGCUUUCCAUGGUGGGCACUUCUAGGGUGGAAACUGGGUCCUGCCUGGGGCACCAUAUGGCAGUUACAGGAGUCUGUUUCCUUCCCCCCAAGGCCGACUGAGAAUGUAUGUCACGGGCUUUAGGUGCACCAUAGUGCAUCAAAUAUGGAAGCCAGGAAAUAAGGAAAGACCUCAGAAGUACAUCCUGUACAAGGUAAUAAGCAUCGGUAACCAUAUUGUGUGGAAGGCAUGGAAAAGCAAGUUUGACAAGACAGCUGAUUUAUUCUGAAGAAGAUGAAGGCAUGUGUGUUCCCACAAGAUGAUGGCACUCAUAAACGGUCAGCGAGAAGUCAUACUGUGCCAGAAGGCAUUUGCUCUCUAAGACUGCUCACAUCCCCUCUCUCCAAGGAACUUGUUAACAGCACUGGUGUGUGAGAGUUGGGCUGCCCUGCCUGAGUGACUGUGGAUCCUUUGUGUGAUACAUGAUCAAGGAAACACUCCAUCGCUUCCCUCCUUGGCACUUUCCCCACAUGACGGGACGACGAGCUUCUGGUUAAAGACAAGUGUCCAGAUCCUAAGGUCUCCUGCCCACCAUGAAGGGACCCUGCAUCAUUGCGUGGCUCUUCUCAAGCCUGGGAUGGUGGAGACUCGCCCAGCCGGAGACAGACGCAUCUCAGUGCCAGAGAGCAGAGCACCCGGUCAUUUCCUAUAAAGAAAUUGGCCCCUGGUUGCAGGAGUUCAGAGCGAAGAAUGCUGUGGAUUUCUCGCAGUUAACAUUUGACCCAGGACAGAAAGAACUUCUUGUAGGAGCAAGAAACUACCUCUUCAGAUUACAGCUUGAGGAUUUGUCUCUGAUCCAGGCUGUGGAGUGGGAGUGUGAUGAAGCAACGAAGAAGGCCUGUUACAGCAAAGGCAAGUCCCAGGAGGAAUGUCAGAACUACAUCCGGGUACUGUUGGUGGGUGGCGACAGGUUAUUUACCUGUGGAACCAACGCUUUCACGCCGGUCUGCACCAACCGCACGCUGAGUAACCUGACGGAGAUCCAUGAUCAGAUCAGCGGCAUGGCACGCUGUCCUUACAGCCCUCGGCACAAUUCCACGGCUCUCCUCACGGCGGGCGGUGAGGUCUAUGCAGCCACGGCCAUGGAUUUCCCCGGACGCGAUCCCGCCAUUUACCGAAGUCUGGGCGUCUUGCCCCCUCUCCGCACCGCGCAGUACAACUCCAAAUGGCUCAACGAACCAAACUUCGUGUCAUCUUAUGACAUCGGGAAUUUCACCUACUUCUUUUUCCGCGAAAAUGCUGUGGAGCAUGACUGUGGGAAGACCGUGUUCUCCCGAGCUGCCCGCCUUUGCAAGAAUGACAUCGGGGGCCGGUUCCUGCUGGAGGACACGUGGACCACGUUUAUGAAGGCCCGUCUCAACUGCUCCCGCCCUGGCGAGCUCCCUUUCUACUACAAUGAGCUGCAGGGCACCUUCUUCCUGCCUGAGCUGGAUCUGAUCUACGGCAUCUUUACCACCAAUGUGAACAGCAUCGCUGCCUCAGCCGUGUGCGUCUUCAACCUCAGCGCCAUCUCGCAGGCCUUUAACGGGCCCUUCAAGUACCAGGAGAGCUCUCGGUCCGCCUGGCUACCGUAUCCCAACCCUAACCCCAACUUCCAGUGCGGCACCAUGGACCAGGGCCUGUACGUGAACCUGACGGAAAGGAACCUGCAGGAUGCUCAGAAGUUCAUCCUGAUGCAUGAGGUGGUACAACCAGUGACUGCAGUGCCCUCCUUCAUGGAGGACAACAGCCGCUUUUCCCACGUGGCCGUCGACCUGGUGCAGGGCAGGGACGCACUCAUCCACAUCAUUUAUUUGGCCACAGAUUACGGCACCAUUAAAAAAGUGCGGGCGCCCCUGACUCAGACCUCGGGCAGCUGUUUGCUGGAAGAGAUGGAGCUCUUCCCCGAGAGGCGGCCAGAGCCCAUUAGAAGCCUGCAGAUCCUCCACAGCCAGAGCGUCCUGUUCGUGGGUCUGCGGGAGCACGUGGCCAAGAUCCCACUGAAGAGGUGCCAGUUCCACCACACGCGCAGUGCCUGCAUUGGGGCCCAGGACCCCUACUGUGGCUGGGAUUCGGUGAUGAAGAAAUGCACGAGCCUGGAGGAGAGCCUGAGCAUGAUGCAGUGGGAGCAGAGCAUCUCCACCUGUCCUAUGAGGAAUCUCACCGUGGAUGGGCACUUCGGCGCGUGGUCAGCGUGGGCGCCAUGCACGCACACCGACGGCAGCACCGUGGGAUCCUGCCUCUGCCGGACCCGCUCCUGCGACAGCCCGGCCCCCCAGUGCGGCGGCUGGCAGUGCGAGGGCCCCCGCAUGGAGAUCGCUAACUGUUCCAGGAGUGGAGGCUGGACCCCCUGGACCUUGUGGUCUCCCUGCAGCACCACCUGCGGGAUCGGCUUCCAGGUGCGCCAGAGGUCCUGCAGCAACCCUACUCCGCGACACGGGGGCCGGGUGUGUGUGGGACAGAACCGCGAGGAAAGGAAGAUCCAUCCUGCAUUAUACUGCAAUGAGCAUCUGCUGUGCCCCCCACACAUGUUCUGGACAGGCUGGGGUCCCUGGGAACGGUGCACAGCACAGUGUGGAGGCGGCAUUCAAGCUCGCCGCAGAACCUGCGAGAAUGGUCCUGACUGUGCGGGCUGUAGUGUGGAGUACCAGCCUUGUAAUACCAACCCAUGCCCUGAGCUGAAAAAGACCACACCUUGGACGCCCUGGACACCUGUCAACAUCUCUGACAAUGGGGGCCACUACGAGCAGCGAUUUCGGUACACAUGCAAGGCCCGCCUGCCUGAUCCAAACUUGCUGGAAGUGGGAAGGCAGAGAAUUGAGAUGCGGUACUGUUCUAGUGAUGGAACCAGCAGCUGCUCCACCGACGGCCUUUCUGGUGAUUUCCUGCGUGCUGGGAGAUACUCUUCCCACACCAUCAACGGGGCCUGGUCAGCCUGGACCUCAUGGUCACAGUGCAGCCGAGACUGCAGCAGGGGCAUUCGCAACCGGAAGCGUGUUUGCAACAACCCGGAGCCCAAGUUUGGGGGCAUGCCUUGCGUGGGCCCCUCCCUGGAAUACCAGGAAUGCAACAUCUUGCCCUGCCCAGUGGAUGGCGUGUGGUCUUGCUGGUCCUCCUGGUCAAAGUGCUCAGCGACAUGUGGAGGUGGACAUUAUAUGAGGACCCGCUCGUGCACAAAUCCAGCCCCCGCCUAUGGAGGCGACAUCUGCCUGGGCCUGCACACGGAAGAGGCUCUCUGCAACACGCAGCCCUGCCCCGAGAGCUGGUCGGAGUGGUCAGAAUGGUCUGAGUGUGAUGUGUCUGGGGUCCAGGUCCGCAUCCGCCAGUGCAUUCUUCUGUUCCCCGUGGGCAGCCAGUGUUCCGGAAACACCACGGAGAGCCGGCCCUGUGUUUUUGAUUCCAAUUUCCUCCCAGAAGUAUCUGUGGCAAGAUCCAGCAGCGUAGAAGAGAAAAGGUGUGGAGAGUUCAACUUGUUCCACAUGAUCGCCGUGGGGCUCAGCAGCUCCAUCCUGGGCUGCCUUCUUACGCUGCUUGUCUACACCUACUGCCAGCGGUACCAGCAGCAGUCCCACGAUGCCACCGUCAUCCACCCUGUUGCGCCCGCCCCUCUCAACACCAGCAUAACUAACCACAUCAACAAACUGGACAAGUAUGACUCGGUGGAGGCCAUCAAGGCAUUUAACAAAAACAACUUGAUCUUAGAGGAAAGAAACAAAUACUUCAACCCACAUCUCACUGGGAAGACCUAUUCUAAUGCCUACUUUACAGAUCUCAAUAACUAUGAUGAGUACUAAGAGUUCUUCUAUUUUUGGCUUCCUGUAACUGCCCCAGUUCCUCAAGGCCUGUGCUCCAUGACUGCCCAUGUCUCCAAGACUUCAGAGAUGGAGUUUGGGUACAUCUCAAGUGCAUUUCAAGCCACUAGUGUCCCACUGCUGCCAAAAAGACACAUUCUUAAAAGCAACAAAAAUCUAAUCGUGAAAAUCUGGUCUAUAAUUCUUGAUCAUUGUUUAAUGAGCCAUGGUGUGCAGGGUUUUUUUAUUGUGUUCAGUCCAUUUUUCUAACAAGUCAGUUGUUUUCUUGAGCUUUUUCAUAACUGUACCACCCACAAUGGAAGGGGUCUUUAGAAAUGUGAACAUCUUCUUGACCUUGAGUGUAAAUCUUCAUGAUGUCUUAAUUCAAGAAAUUAGGCACUUUAUAUGAGAGCCUCCCCACCUCUGCACGGUUUAUAGUAUUGAUAAAAUGAAGAAUCUGAAUGUGGCCAUACAAUGACUCACCAUGGAUCUCCAUCUUCUCAAUCUGGAUGAUACUGUGUGUGUUUGGACUUGGAAUGCUUCUUGCCUGAGGUUACCCAGGGAUUCAACCUGGCUUAUAUCUGCAAAGGUGAUGGUAUGUGGUGUGAGAUGCUCUACCCUUGGUCUUGCUGCCAUUACUGUAUUGUCCCUGGGGUAGGUGAGUGUAAAGAGCAGAGGUACAGACAUGAUGAAGGGGGAACAUGUUCUACAUGCUGUCAUGAAGCUCGCCUUAUUCUGACUUGUGGAUUUCAUGGCAUUUCAGGGAGCUCCUUGUCGCGCAUCGGCCUUGUGGCCCACCUGUCUGGUCCACAGUAACAUCCUAAAGAACCACUCUGUAAAAUAACCACUUGUUUAGCAUUUGGAUAACAGACUCUACACCUCCCCUCUCUCUGCAAAGAAAAAUCUUGAACAUUCAUGAUACUGAUGAAGAAAGUAUUGAAAGGACUGAAAUAUAAUUGAAGACAACUUUUUUUUAUUUUCCAUGUUACAGAAAGUAUUGAAAAACCUGACAUUUAAUGAAAAGCAACUUUUUUAUUUUCCGUCUCCCUGAUAGAACUAAUGUAUGGCCAUCAGCCCCUACCAAGAGGAUUAAUGAUGUGUAAAGCUGGCUUUGUGCAGCUUGUUGCUGUACAUAUUGAAGGGCUCCCCAAGUACCAAGCGGUCAUUUGCUUCCUCUAGCUCAGGUGAGAAGAUGUUCAGCUCUGGUGCCUCUUGUUUUUGAUCUCAGUGCUGCUUUGCCAUCCAUCCACUCCCACUUCUCCCUGCCUGGGGGCAGCAGCCUUUCAAGAAGUACCUUGAGAAGUCAGGGUGUUGGCAAGUAAGGAUUUUAAUGAUUCCAUGGUUCUGAGCUUCGAUCAUUCAUAAGCAUUUCAGGGUGUUAUGAUACUAUCCAGAGGGGUCCCCAGGAGAAAAAAAAAACAGGGUAGAUUACUCGCAAAAAACUGACGCAUGACAUACGGCAGUUGGUUGAAUAAUUAUUGAAAGUAAGAACAAGAUUGAAAUUAUUCAUUUUAUGCCUCUGGGUGUCGUGAUAAAGGCCUGGGUGGACAUAAAGACAUGUUCUUACUGAUAAAUGAAACUUCAGAUCUGGGAAAACUUACAGUGUGGGCAUUGAGGGACACAGACUUUUAGCCUACAUAGGUUGGUUAGGUUUUCACCCUAUCCAAUUUAAAGAUUUGAAAGAUCCUAUGUUUAGUAAUGAAUGUUGAUGAGUUCAAAAUAUUCUUAUAUGCCCAAAUUUUCAGAAACGGCUCUACUAAAAUUAAAGUCUAAAUUGCAGUUGGGCUCUGGGAGGUCUGAUAGAUUUCAAAUGAAUGAUUUUCCGGGUCUUUCCAGUGGGAAGUUCAUGCUACAUCUCCCGUAUUCCUUGUAUGCUGUAUGAGAUUGCUGUUUCUAUGCAAAGUCCACACUUAGGAAGUGAAAUUUAGCCAGAUAGUUUUCUAAUUUUCCUUGGGUUGGAUUUUCAUUGGAUGCUUCAACCUGUCUCAUCACUUUCCUAUAAGAAAAAUGUCCUCAUUUGUGUAGCGUAUUUUAGCCGUUUUUUUAAUUCCUCCCCCGCAAUAUUUUCAAAGCUUAGAAGUUCAUUCUCUUUCCCCUAGGAAAGAGGAUACUGAUAUUUCAAAAAAGUAUCACUGGACUUGAUGGGAAAUGCUUCCCAAAUGACAUCAAAGUUGGUCUUUAAUCAAUCUUGUGCAAUGACUAGGGAAACCACCCUUCCCUACAACGGAAUUUUCAUGUUGUUGAUUACAUAAAUCUUUACAAUUAUCACUGCAAAGAAAUUCACUCAUUUUUGUUCCCUGACACUCUGUUCAAAAGAAAAUUGUUCUCCUCUCUCUCUCAUCCUCCUUCCCUCCCUCCAUCCCGCCUUCUUACUUAACAGGAUAUCAGUUUGUUUAGUUUUAGCUAUAAUCCAAGUAUUUUAAGCAUCUAUGGAAUAACUUUUGUUUUCCCAUCAGCGUAGAGCUGUUGCUUAUGUGUUUAUGCUUCCCCUCCGUAGCCCUCAUCAAGCCUCCAUGUGAUGGGCUUUCACAUUGGUACCUACCACUUCUACUGGAACCUUCAUAAAGCACCUCUUCCUUAGGCUGGGAUGGUUGGGAUUCCUGCCAACACUUGUCACCUUUUAAAUUACUGUGUGAUUUCUUCAUUCUCUUUAUCUUUUCCCUCCCUCCCUUCUUUCCUUCCUUCCUUCCUUCCUUCCUUCCUUCCUUCCUUCCUUCCUUUCUGGUACAAGCAGUACAGAUAGAGACUAAUAUUUUAAAUUGCAUCUCUCUGAGCCUAACAUCAAAUGGCAUUAAUCACAGUUUAAUUUCUAGGGUUAUUUCUGGGUACAAUUGAAGUUUGGCUGAUUUUCAUUAGGAAACUGGCUUUAAUCUCACAUUUAAAUUCUUUGGAAGUGAUUCCCCAUGCUCAGUGCUUUCUCUAGACUAGACUAGUCACUGUUAAUAUCAACCCUGCAGUGCCACAGAAUCCCUGCUCGCUGCAUAGCGGGUGGCCUUCCCCAAAUAGCUCUGAAGAUGAUGGCUUUGAUGACACUGAGGGCUUUGUCACCCUGAAUGAGAUGGACUCCUGUGAAUUCUGAGGUGCUCUGGGGGGCACAGGAUCAGCCUCUGUUGCGUGAAGACCCAGCAUCCCCAGACUUGGGUGUUUCCUUACCCAGUUGUCUGACUCGCUUUAGGCAUGUUUCUGUGCUGCUGAUCCUGGACGCUUAUGGGAGGUUCUGAACUUCCCUGCUCCUUCAGAGACAUUUCACUAAGCCUGUAGAUUCUGACUAGAAUCGGCAUUAAUACUGGGAAAAAAGAGGGUUCCCUGUGUGUGUCAAGGGUGGGCAGAGAUUUUAAAGGAACUGAGAGGAGUAAAGGGCGAGUGGACGUGAGGACUCCCUGCCGUGAAGAAGCCUCUGUCCCCAGGAGGGUUCAGCCCAUGGGCACGGCGUGAGCCACGGGUCUGGCCCCAUUGACUCACCAGUGAUGCAAAGAGAAAGGAAGCAAAUGUGGGAGAAGGUGACCUUGAAAAGAAGGGUACCUGGUCCCUCCCAGCCGAGUGUCCUGGACAUUCCCAGGUGGGGAUCCACGAUCCGCUUGCGCAGUCCUGUGGGCUGAUCCCUGGAUCUUGCAGGAUCAACUGCCCAGAGUGCAGGCGAAGGUGCCUCUAUUUCCUUAUUUCUUUGCAAAAGGGUGAAAUUAAUGAGAAUCAAAGCCUGUGUGGUGAGAGUUCCCACUGGAGACUGUGGUAGAGUUCGUGAGUCAGAUGCCUUUCAAGUUAUGGACAAAGUCUCAGCAGGGGAAUCCCAGGGGCUACCUGAAGGGAUGCUGUUUGUGUAACCACAGAUCAAAGGAGAUUUUAUUAAAAGAUAUAUCAGGUCUGCGUUCAGCUAGUCAUUUUGUGUAAACACGUCCUUAAUGCACAUUGGAGGUGCAGCCUCCUUAGUGUCUGAAUUUACAAAUAUCCCAGUGCCCCUUUAUGAGAUUUCCCUCACUUUUAGAAUCAAUCAUGUCCAUUACCCCAACACUGUCAAACCACUUUCAGCAUUGACUUAGCCCUGCGGGCAUCAACUUUCCUUAGCCCCAGGGUGUCUUUUAUAUUUCAGUGGAGUUUUCUUAUGUGUGGCAUUUUGGGGUAACUAUAUUUAAUUCUGUCUUUCUGUUUCAAAAAGUGACUCUGGAACAUCUAUCCAGAGGCAACAGGUAGGGUAGCAGUAGUGGAUGCCAAGCACUGAGUCUGACUCCAAGCUGCUGCUCUCCAUGUGGCAGGGCUGUGCUUAAAUCCCACAGCUCCAAUAAUCCUUGUCCGUGAAGGCAGGGAAUUAAAACACCAACCUUAAAUCUACUCAUAUGCAAGCUCUCUGCUCUUAUUUUUUAAGAUGAUGCAAAUUGGAGUACACAGAUCUCAUUGGCCAUGCCCAGCGCAUUUAUUCCUUCUACUGUUUCUAUCAUUUCAUGGUAAUUUAGGUUGGCUUGGUGAUUCAUGUUGACAUGACAUUACCAAAAUUGAUUAACUCUGAUUACCUAUCCUUAACUAUUAUCAGACACUAGAAAGCCAUUCUGAUCAAUGGGUGUGAAGUGGGAGAACAUUCAUCUUGGCCUGAGAAAUGUACAAAAGGGAAUGCCAAAUAUUUCAAGUGUAUUACCAUGUAAGAUAAAAUAUUUGGAGACCAGUGGCCAUUGUGGAAUUUAUUUCUGCUGUUCUCUCCUAUUGAAGUCAUUAAUAUUAGUUGAUUUAAAGAUGUUUUGUAACUCUAUAAAUACAGAACCAAUGCAUUCUGGUUAUCCAUUUUGAUAACCUGAUAAAACACAAGAAAAUAUAUUGCUUUCAUCCUUGCUUAUUUUCUCUUUUGGAAAUUGAAAAGUAAUGAACAAGACGUAAAGUUGGACCAUUGGCAGGGAUUUUUAAAAUGACUAUUCCAUAAUCUUUUUUAUGGUUUUAUGUUAAAGAUGUGUUAUAGAUAUUUUUGUAGCAGAUGGAUCAAAGUGGGAUUUUUUUAAUGAUCAUAUGUUGCAUCAUCAAAAAUUUGGUACAUGUUUCAGAAGUGUUAAGAAUGGCGACCUGUUCUCUUUUGAAAAUGUAAGUUCACAUUGCAAAGGGUCUAAGAGCAUCAUCAAAACCAAAAUCAGAGCCUGACAUGAAUGUACUGUUCCUAGUGAAAGGUGUCUCAUAUAGUAUUUUCAGAAGACCAUAUUAGUUUUGCCAUAGAAAAGAAAAAAAGCUACCAAGCUUAUUUCCCAUGAUUCAGUACCAAUUCUCAUUCAGGCAAACAUGUUUUACUUUGUUGCCAUGAUGACAGUAACUAGUGAAAUAUACUUUAAGACCAGAAGGGAGAAAAAUUGAGAUAGAAAACCACUCUAUGGUAUUUCUUAAACUAACGUGUUGGAUGGGCAAUAGAAUUCAUUCCACCUCUUGCAUAUCAGUCAGAAAUCUGAGGCCAGCAGUUCAAACACGAUCCUGUACUUUCUCAGAUUUUUGGCAACUUAAUGCCAAAAAUGGCCCAAAUAUUAUAGUUCAAAAUGAUCCCCAUUUUAGAUAAAUACAAGCUGGAGAGCAAAAUCUGGAUUCCAGAAAAUCCAAACUAUCCCCCUAACAUGUCACUAAGAAAGAGCCUGAUUAGUAAGUGCAGAUGGUUUAAUUUCCUAUUAAAAGUGGCCAGUGCCUUGUUUAAGAUAAUGAUUUAUCAUUUCAUCUGGAUAUUAUUGGUUGAAAGCAGAGGACUGAUUGGCUAUACUUUGAAGAAAAUCAUUCUUAUAUGCCUCUUUGAACUCAGGAAUAGAAAAUGAACAAGAAGCACAUCAUCGUCAGAUGUGAUUUCCACCCACACUGCGGCUAUGAUGCCAGAAUGGGUGCCACGAUGUGUUCAGAAUUUAGGUGAACCCAGCCUUCCAGAAACUGACAUCACGUUAAUUUUACAUUUUCCAAAAAACACCUUAACGUUCGUUCUGUAGUGGGAAUGUCAAUGGGAUGCCUAUAGAAGUUAGAGGGUUUUGUUACUGUCUGUCUUCAGGCAAGUCUGUAGAUACAGGAAAAUCAGACGUAGGCUGGUGAUGACUGGCACAGAUAUGGUGAGUGGAAUGAGAGCCAGCUAGAAUAUUACCUGCUGUUUGUUUGAACUCAAUGUCAAACUUGCUUCAUAAGUUCACAAAGUUUUCAUUCUUAGUCUGGGUUAAGAAAGUUAACAGUGUUUCCUCUGCUAAAUUUGAUUCCUUUUCCCCUGUACCAUGACUGUUGGCCAAAAUCAGACUUGAACUUUUGCACUUUGGGAGAAAGCACACUAUGAACCUUCAACACAAGCACCUACAUCCACCACCAAAAUUCUACACUGUCUGCAAGGGAAGUGCACAAAAUCCAAUGUAGGAUUCUUCAAAAGUGUGUAACUAAAUUUGUGUGUUUUGCCACUUGAUGUGACUUUUGAAGAUGUUAUGAAAUGUUAAAUGCCUCAUUCUGUGUUAAUUUGCUGUUUCUGUUUUGUGAUACAAAAUAAACUUAUUUGGGAUUAUUUCAUUUUUUUUUUUUUCAUGGAACCUUCUCCCGAAGCCACCUUGACCCCUUGGUAAACUUACAGAAAGUUACUGAUCUUGAAAUUAAUUUUUAAAAGACCAUAUAUAUUAAUCAUAAUGGAGCUUUCUUAGAAUGAGGUAGCACUGUCUCCCCUUUAUUGGAAUGAGAAAAACAGAGCUUUGGUUGCCCUGUUGGAAUGCUUGUGGAUUUCUGGGUAUUCCCCCUCAGGACCAAUGGGGGAUGGGGGUUUUUCAGCCCUUACAUUUGACUUUCAAGGUUUCACUGGAAACCUUGUUGUUAAAAAUGUGUAAUACUGAUUUCCAGUGGUCUUCAUUUUUUUCCGUUUAUCAAUUCACUGGUCUUAAAUGCUCACUUGAGAGCUGUCCAGGUCUAUAUCUACAAAAGUUGUUUAAUGACACCUGGUAGAUACACUGUUUUCAAAAUCAGUUUAAGACACCAGCUGAGGCAGUGCAGGCAGGGUGCCCAUUGCCCGCUGCCCUAGAUCAAUGUCAUAAGUUUGGGGAAGUGGCGGGCAGGUGUCUCCCAACCAGUCAGCAGAAACCAACUCUCAUGGGCUCCCAGCCUCAACUCAGAGGAAAACAGGCAUAUUUUUGAGCUGGUAUCCCCGAAGUGAAAGUGUCCCGCUCACUCCCUGCUCUUGGCGAGUUGCCAGGUUCUAUAACCCAAACCUCUGCAUCUCUUCUAAACAAUAGAUUCAUGAAGGAUGAUCCCGAGUAUUGCCAACAGUCCCCCAAGCUUCCUUCCAUACCAGCCCCCUCUUCAUCUCUAUCUGCCAACAUUUGGGGGACAAAAUAAGAGAAUCCUGAUUAUGUACAGUAAAAAAUGUAUUAUAUUUUUUGUACUUAAGCUUUAUGUAAAUAGUUUGUCUCAUUCCAUUGUAAGUUAGCAUUGAAAUAAAUU